AUGGCUGAAUCUGAUAGUUCAUACGAUUCACUAACAGAACAGUUGGAACAGAUAGGUAGGUACAAUUUUCCAUUGUUAUCUACCUACUUAAGUGAUAUAUCCAAUAAAUUUCCAACUAAUUUGCCCAACUUACCAAAUUUACCAAAUUUACCCAAUCUUCCUAACUUACCUAACUUACCUAAUUUACCAAAUCUACCUAAUCUACCAAAUUUCCCCAACAUUAACUUUGAUAUACGAAACGUCAAUAAGUUGAGUAAUGAGAUCAGUAAUUAUGUGAAGAAUUACGUAACAACGUCAGUGGAAUCAGAUCAAAACGUAGCUAAUUCAUUAAAGACUAUUAUAUCAUCCCGUAUACAAAUGACAUCGUUACUUACUGAAUUAAACCUCGGUAAAUCAUUAAAUUCAGCUAUUGAUAAACUUCAACCAUUGAGGGAUAUAAUUCAUGAAGCGGUUAUAUUACCUAUCGAUGAUAUUGAGAGUGAUUACGAAGCUACUGAACCUAAAGGUAUUUCCAAAGUAGUUGAUCAAGAUCAACCAUUUUUUGAACCCAUUGUGCCUGAAGUCAAACCCAGAAGGAGACAUUUCAAAAGAAAACCCAAAAAGAAAGCUGUAGAUAUGAGUGAUUUGGAUAUUGAUGGAUUAAGUCUUGAUGAAACAAGAGAAUUGACCAACCUUGAUUCCUUAGAAGAUUUCUAUAAACAAGAUCUUAUGAGGAAUAAAAUUCAAAAGAUUCAAAGGUUAGGAUUGAAUGACGAUGAUAAGAAUAAGUUAGUGACAAGAUUAAUGAUGGGUAAUUAUUAUAGAUAUACAAACGAACAAGUUUCAGGGGAAUUAAAGUUAUAUAGUUCAGAAUUUGAUUCUCACGGAAGCCCUAGUCCUAGAAGCACUGAUUAUGAGAUAGGCAUGGAUGAAGAUUUUGAUGAACUUGAAGAAGAUGAAUUUCUUGAAGAUGGUAUGGAUUUGGGUGAUGAAAGUGACGAAGAAGUUAUUCUCACAGAGAAUGAUACUACACCAUCUUAUCACAGUUUUGGAAUCCUUGGAUGUGAACAUUAUCAAAGAAAUUGUAAAGUUGAAUGUCCUAAAUGUUUGAAGUGGUAUGUCUGUAGAUUUUGCCAUGAUCAGGAAAAUGAUCACAAAUUGAUCAGAAAUGAAAUCAAACAUAUCUUAUGUAUGUUCUGUAAUACUCCUCAAGAACCUGGUAAGUAUUGUAUUGAAUGUGAAAAGGAAAUUUCUAAUUAUUAUUGUGAUAAGUGUAAAUUGUUUGACAAUGAUGAAAAUAAAAAUAUCUAUCAUUGUGAAAAAUGUGGAAUUUGUAGACUAGGCUUAGGAUUGGGUAAAGAUUAUUUCCAUUGUGAUGAUUGUGGUAUUUGUUUAAGUAUUGAAUUACAGAAAAAUCAUAAAUGUUUGAACAACACCACUCAUUGUAAUUGUCCAAUUUGUGAAGAAUAUCUCUUCACUUCAAUUUUGAAAGUUGUGUUCAUGAAAUGUGGUCAUUCAAUUCACCAGAAUUGUUAUAAGGAAAUGAUCAAACAUAGUUAUAAAUGUCCAAUUUGUGUGAAAACGAUUGUUAAUAUGGAAACUCAAUUUAGAAUUCUUGAUCAAGAAAUUUUGCAACAACCAUUACCAUUACCCUAUAAACUUUGGAGAUGUAUAAUUAGUUGUAAUGAUUGUAAAGGUAAAAGUAAUAUCAAUUAUCAUAUCUUGGGAUUGAAAUGUAAGCAUUGUAAUAGUUACAAUACCAAUCAAUUGAAAUUAACUAAGCCGGAAGAAGAACAACAAGAACAAGUUGACGAAAAUACAGGAAUUGAUAGAAUGACGCUCAUACAAACGAAUCUCGGCAAUAAUUUCAAUAUAGAUGAAAGAAAUGAUAAUAGUGAAUUCUAUGAAUACGAAGAGGAUGAUGCCGAAGAAGAUGAAGAAGAUGAAAAGGAAAAUGUUGACAUUGUUAAUUUCAGAUUGAACAAAUUAAUCAAUAGUAAUGAUACCUCUAUACCAUCAAUUUUACAGAGGUAUUUAAAUCAAUUGAAAAAGGAUAAGUAA